AGUAUAGUAGUUGUUGCAUUAAACCAAACUUGCUCCCCUUUACUCCUUUAUAAAAAGGAAGAUAUUGUGAAGAAGUUAUAUAGACUGACCAUACGAGGAUCAUACAAAGACCUAAUGCGAGUUUUAAGCUUUGUCUCGAUAUUGGGAGCACAUAGUAGCCACAUAGAAUUUGUAGGCGCGAGAGGCGUGAGGAACAUAGCAAACACCACGCCUAGGCAUACUUUCAGCUUUAGAUUCAGCUUCAGAUGGCGUUCCUGCUACAUGCGGCUUCUUAGUUGGCACACAAAUUAAGCACUACAAGAACACAUAGCGCCGUAUUUCUGCUGUUCUGAAUAGACUUUAGACGCCCAAUCAUGUUUUUCCUAGGCUCGUUCUAUGGAACACAUGUUCGGUAUGACGGAUUGCAGCGCGACGGGUGUGCAACCGUCUGACGGUCUUUACACCCGCUUGCGGCAUGUUCGUGAUCAUGUCAUGAUGUAAGCACGGCGGGUGCGCAAGCAGUCAACGUCAUGCGCUCUGGGUGUCACGUGUGCCUAUGAACGCCUUGAGUAGGAGAAGAACUUUAGCUACGUGGCAACCUUCCCUAUCCGCCGUGCAGCCGACGAAUGGGCUACUAUCCACUGUUAUUUAUAUAAAUAGUUCGUUUCAUGUUUCUUGUGGUUCAGCCAGUUACCAGUUCGCUGUUAUACUCAUUGAUGCUGGAUCAAACUACUACCUCUCUCUCAGUUUACAGGGCGUGCGCGUGCCCCUAGGUCGUCAAUUUGACCAACCUAAUACAUGUCAUAUAUUACAAAAAAUAUAUCAAUAUAAACUACUAGUAGGAGACUUUUGCUCCUAGAAAAGGGCUCUUUUGUUGCAUCCAAGUUGCUAUGUAAUAAUAUAACUUUUCCCACUAUGUCUGAAACUAACCAAGCCUAUCACCACUCACCAGCAUGCUCGUUGGUUUUAUGUUGCGAAACUAUCAUUUGACUAAAUGUUAUGUAAAACCAAUAGUUAUCCUGGAGAAAGUACAUGUGUUUCAGGUAUGUGAAACAAUGAGAAAGUUUGUGGAUGCACUGAGCAAUGCACCAUUGAGAACUUGUUACAUGUGAAUCUUUUUAGCUAUGUGAAACAACUUGUGUACUGGUCUGAUGGGGUACACUUCUUUUAACUUUGACCAAGUCUAUCCCAUGGGGUGGACCAUCGUGUUUGUUUCCUUUAAGUGUAUCAGCAAUAAUAGUUUCAGACAAAUUCGUUUGAGACCAAAUAGCACAGGAAACUGAACAUAAGUUUUCAAGUCACCAAAAAAAAACCCCAAAAAUUGAAGUCACCAAUCCCCGGAUGGCACACUUGUUUCCUACGAUUUUUCUCGAAAUUUGGCUCCAGAAGUUGAACAGGCGGCAAAGAAAACAUAACCAACUAAAAUGUCCUUGAUAGCCCAUUUCUGAGUAGCCAUUGCUUCUUUUAUUUAUGUGCUUUUCUUGUCUUGUUCAAUGUCUUCACCUUCCCUUUUUGUCUUUUACUUUCCUACUUGGUAGCAAUGACUUGUAGUACUUCUGUUCAGAAAGUAGAUGGCGCCUACAACAGGUUGAAGCUAACUGACAAAUGCAUGAUGCAACUUCGAAGCCACAUUUUAAUCCAUUCAUUGGCUCGGCAAAAUCCAAAAUCAUGCAUCACGGCCAUCUUCAGACAAGACAGAUGCAUUAGUUUCCAAACUGCUAUGAGUAGAGUCAAAUCUUGACCCUCGGUGCGGCCUUAAUGAUUUACUACGCACAGCAGUGUAUUGUUCGUACUGGGAGACAUGCCAGCCUGCUAUCUACAGCCUAGCGUUACAACAUAUCAGAUAAACCACAGCCAUUAAUUAUUACUAGAAAAAAGAUCGCUACCGUGGUCCUCAACAGUUUAAUCUUACAACUUUUUAUCACAUGGUACAUGUUUCCAUGGUAUGGGUCUUUUAGGCAUACUCUAAAUGUUUGCCAACUAUAGUGUGGAGUAUUAGAUAAGCAUGGCCAUAUGCUUGUUUCUUUUUCCUAUACCUUUUACAAAUAUAUAUAUAUAUAUAUAUAUAUAUAUAUAACUAUGCUAGUCACUGGCCGUCAAAUUUACAUUAUGCUCCUCCCUUCUGAAUCUGGUUCAGGUCUCUUGUUUGCAGCCUCUGAAUUCUAGUGUGCUUUGUGUUGUAAAACCUGAUGCAGAGAUAAAUAGACUCAUUUCCUUUUCUAUCUAGCUUUAAGAAACAAAGGCACUUCUUCGACUCACCAUAGCGUCAGCAAGAGGGGUUCUAGCUAAAGAGACGAAAUGCACCACAACCGCCAGCGCAAAAGCAAUCAGCCGUGGCUUUGGUUGUUGGAUGCAUAUAUGAAACAAUCACCAGCACCGCAAGAAACAAUGGGCUGAGCGUGCUGCUUUGGCACUAGCAGUGGACGCCAAGCGCUUGCACAAGACACUCGUGCACACACAGGCGUUAUGGUUCUCAUGGCACCGUGCUGCCCCAUGCAUGCUGAAAUUACUUUCUGCUUGCUUUGGCGAUGCCAAUCUGUACUACGAUAUUAAUUUGCAUCCUAAAAAUUGCUCCCUAUAAAUGGUCAGGAGAUUGAUCACGGUCAUCGUCAAUAUCAGAUCUGUAAGACUCGAAAGAGAUUUAGUAAGAGUGUGGGCUAGAUCUAGAGAGUACAGAGUGAGAGGAUGUCGACAAGCAGUGGCAAGCCGCUCCUCGUCGUGAUCCGCCGGAGCAAGCUCUCCGUAGGAGAUGAGGGCCGCCGCAUCUGCACAGAGUUCAAGCAGGCCAAGUACCCCUUCAAGUGGAGAAGGUACAUGUGCGCUAGGUGUGGGGUGCUCCGUGAGGAGCACAACGCCUGCAAGAGCAAGCUCUCCGCAGGAGAUGGGGGCAAGCACGACACCAGCAAGAGCAAGCUCCCUGCAGGAGAUAAGGGUGAGCAAUCCACUGACAAGUACAAGCUCUCUGCAGAAGAUGAAGGUGAGCGCAGCGCCAACAAGAGUAAGAUAUCUGCAGGAGAGGAGGGCGAGCGUUUCUGCACCGAGUUCAAGCAGGCCAAGUACCCCUUCAAGUGGAGAAAGUACAUGUGUGCCAGGUGCGGGGUGCUCCGUAGCGAGCAUGGCGUCAGCAAGGCCAAGGCCAAAGUGGACGACGACACGGAGAAUAUCAAGGAGGAGGACCUGCCGCCACGCAAGAGGCUCAUUCUCAGGUUCAAACGGUCACAGGCCCUUGCUGCUGCUGCUGCUGCCACAUCCAGGGAGAAGGAGAACAAGGAGGGGGAGCUAGAGGAAGGGGAGAUCAACUGGAGCCCCGGCGCGACGAUCGCCAAGGGGAAGAGAGCCCCAAGGAGAAAGCGCUAGGAUGCACCGUGAACUGAGCAAUGCACCAAUUGAGAACUUGUUA